UGAUGUACAUAGCUUGUGCAUUGUGAACAAAACUGGCAGUUGCUGCAAAGAUGGUGGGGACCCCCAAUAGGGCUAGUGUUAGGUCCCCCUGCAUCAUUUGUCCGCCUGACCCAAGUGGUCAUGGACACUCACAUGGGAGCAGUAAUAUAAGUGUUAUUUCAACUGUUACACAGUCCAGUGGUAGCAAGGCAACCUUGACAAAGUCUCAAAAAAGUCAGUAUUACUACGUAGAAGAUUAUUUUGACAAGAGUCCAAAAACUGACUAUACGUAUGUAAGGAGUGGCAGUUACUCCAAAGAACACCUAGAGGAUGAUUAUAUAAUUCCCAAUCUCUCAAGACCUGGACUCCGAAGCAGUGCAAGUUUCCUAAGUAUCGACAACGAUAUGUCUCGGACAAACAGCACAGAUGGUUCUUACCUGAUGUCAACGAGUAUGUCUCGCACAAUAAACAGCAGAGUGACAAGAUCAGGCUCCAAGUCAAAAGGAGUAUCGCUGCUCUCUGGUGUGACAGGCUCAAUGAUGAAAGGUCGAAGAAGAAAAAAAGACACCACAAGAUCAACUGUCAGGGUUUUGGAAUAUGAUGAAGGAGAUGAAGACAUUUCCACCAUCUCUGCUGCAUCCCAGUCGCAGAACCAACACACAAUGGCAUCACAGAGCCAGAUGUCAAAUCAGACCACCUACUCUACAUCUAAUAGAUCUCAUUCCAACAAUAUCUCCAACAGGUCGAGUCGGACAUCAAUAAAUCACUUGUAUGGCCUUGAUCACACAGACACAGAACUGUCGGAUAAUGAAUCAAACUACACCCAGACAAACACUGCCAGUGCCAUAAGUGCGAGUCAUUCAAGUCUGGCGAGCAUAGCGUCAUAUGUGCAAAGUUCCUCGUUGUAUAUUCUUAUCCGUUCCUUCAUUUAUACUCACAUCAUAACCACAAUAGCUGGUUUCUUUUCUCAAUGUUGGUGGCUCAUUGGUGCUUGGUUCUAUGGACUCAUUAGUAAAGUGGCUGUCUUUGACGUUUGGAUUCUCAGCAGGACAACUCAUCAUCGCCGCCGAUGGGGAAUUCUCUUAUUACUUCUUCUCUUGCUCCUUGGUCUAUUGUCAGCAUACAGAAAUAAUGCGUUGUAUUUACCGUACUUGUUUGGAGGGAGAGAUAAAACUAUUGUUGUUCAACAAGAGGGGGGCAAUGUCAUCAGUGGUGUAGCACUUGAAGAAAAGGUGCGUCAGAUCAUCGGGGAUCUCAAUAUCUAUCAAAAUCUGAGACAGGAGAUUAAUCAAGUUAUACUCCAGCAACAGAAAUCUCCGGAGCAAGUGGCGGCAGGUCUGAGUAGGAAAGAAGUGGAACUCAUAGCCCGAGGAAUACUCACAGAAAGAUUGGUGGCUUAUGAGGCCAUGUCCGAGCAGCAACGGAAGGCUGACGGUGAUGCCCAAGGCCUGAAGGAUAAGGAGAGAUCUGAGGAGAUGAGAGGAAUCCAGGCACAGCUCCAUGCCAUGCAGCAGAAAACUAAGGUUCUUGAAAAGGAAAUACAUGUAGCUUUGGCAAGGACAAAGUUAAACAGCCAAGAAGCCAGUGCCACAGGUGACAAGAAACAGGACGCGGCAUACAUAGCAGACUUACAAAACCAGAUCAGAGGUUUGAGGGAUGCAUUCGCCAGAAUUGAGCAGACACAGCUAGCAUUUGCCAGUCAACUGAAGAACUGUUGUCAGAAUGCUACUGAGCUUGGCCUCCUGAUAAAUGAGAAGGUGGCCGCUGCUCUGACUAUGCUCAUGUCCACAGACACAAACGGUGGUUCAUCCAGAAGUAUUAGGGUAGCAGGAAGGGUUGGGCGUUUGUGGUUUCUGAGUCUGAGGGGGUUGGUGUCUGUUGACUGUGCUUUAAGAGAGACUAGGCAUGGCGCCAGUCUCUCUUAAAGCACAGUCAACAGGCAUUUGGUCUCAGUAUUUGGGUUUUGAUUGCCAUGACUGUACCCCUGUAAAAGUCAGAGGAGGAGAAGUUUGGAAUGAUGAAAGCAUUGAAGAAGAAGAAAUGUUAUUAUAUAUUGAGGAAAGCAAAAUUUAUUAUGAGACUAGAAGGCAGUGUCCCGACUUGAUUAUUUUGAAAAUGGCAGUCUGAACACAUUAAAAGGUGGAACAUGGCAUUUUAUCGACUUUGAAGUGUUCCGCAGUUAAAGGGAGACUAUAGGCAGCAGCUAGGUAGGCAAGAUAAAGUCAUACAAAUUUGCCAAUAGGGGUCAGUCAUAUCUCUAGGCAUGGCGCCAGUCUCUCUUAAAGCACAGUCAACAGGCAUUUGGUCUUAGUAUUUGGGUACAGAAUCAAGGCAGCUCAGAGAGCAAUGAUUGAACGAUGCUGUGGACAAGUCCAAGGAUACUGCAUCAGUCACGACCAACUUCUCAUCAGAAAGCGUCACCACCAGCAUAUUCAAUGUUCAGUUCCAACCUGUACCAGUCCAAUGCACGCCUGUCAUGGUCAGCAGUGGUCAGCUUAGCGCGAUAUGGAACAUUCUUCCGAAACUCAAGCGAGGGAAGUCUGCUCAUUAGCCUAUCUCG